AUGCGAGAUGAACCAGCUACGACGAACGCCGACGCCACGCUCAACAAACUGUUGCAGGCUACUGAUUUGACAGGGUAUGAGUCAGAUCUGCGUAGAAAGCUGAAACUUCGAAAUGCGGCGGAUUUGCAGUAUGUUGAAGAAGUCGAUUUGUUAUCAAUUGGAAUGAGCCGCCCAGAGCAGAAACGACUUCGCAAAGAAUACACACGGAUGUUCCCUUCUGGAAUUAUUGGAAAGGUCAAAAAAGCAUUCAAACGGAGUGAGAGCCUGGAUCGAAAAAAUUCCAACUCCAUCGGUAGCCGAGAAGACGAUGAUCAUCACGUCAUCCCCAUUGAAAAAAUCACACUUUGCAAAGAAUUAGGUCAAGGAGAGUUCGGAUCGGUAUGGCAAGCUGCGUGGAAGAACGGUAACGAUGUUACUCAAGUCGCUGUGAAGUGUGUUGGAUCUGAUAAGCUGCUUGCCACGUCAUCGUCCUUCCUGCAAGAAGCUGCAAUUAUGACACGAAUGAGACAUGAACAUGUUGUCAGGCUGUAUGGCGUUGUGCUGGAUACAAAGAAAAUCAUGCUGGUGUCAGAACUUGCCACGUGUGGAUCUCUUCUGGAAUGUCUUCACAAACCAGCACUCAGAGAUAGCUUCCCGGUACAUGUUCUCUGUGAUUAUGCAGAACAAAUUGCAAUAGGAAUGUCCUAUUUGGAAUCACAGCGUCUUAUUCAUCGUGAUCUUGCCGCCAGGAAUGUUCUAGUUUUCAGUCCCAAACUAGUGAAAAUAUCAGAUUUUGGGCUGUCCAGAAGUCUGGGAGUUGGUGAAGACUACUACCGAAGCGAGUUCACUCCUAACCUUAAACUUCCAAUUGCCUGGUGUGCUCCAGAAUGCAUAAACUUCUUAAAAUUCACCUCAAAGUCUGAUGUAUGGGCAUACGGAGUAACGAUAUGGGAGAUGUUUUCUUAUGGAGCGAUGCCGUGGAAAGGAAAAUCUGGUGGUCAGAUCUUGGAAUUGGUGGACAGAAAGAAGGAGUUGCUCGCACGGCCCGAAGCUUGUCCAGAAGACAUUUAUGAUAUGUUGAAGGAGGCGUGGACACAUCAAGUAACGAAUAGGCCCAACUUCUCUGAUAUCGUUUCGCAGUUCCCGGAGAGAAGAGCCCAAUCGGUUAGAGCAGUAGUAGAUUGUAGAGAUUCCGCAGCGGAUCACCUGCAUUUUAAGAAGGAUGAUCUGAUUGUUGUUAUCAGUAGAUCACCUGCUCAAUAUCCCGAUGGCUACUAUUGGUUCGGUUCCUUACGAAACGGCAAACUCGGCCUUUUCCGUCCCACGGACACCGUAGCUCAUUUAGGAUCCGAACCUCCUUGCUCAAAUGUCGAGAAUGGAUUCAACGGAGAAAAGAGCACAGAGAAGGGGAAAAAAAAUAAAAAAGUAGAUAAAGGAGAAGAACGAGAACGGAAGAAGCUGCUGAUUAGUGAACCAGUUGGAGACGUUCGUCACACUUGCCACGUGGGAAUAGAUGGAACUGCUUUCGGACUUCUGCAGUUGGAUAAGAAGGCAAUGUGCCCAACGUCGUCUUCACCUUCUACUUCUAGAGGUUCCACGACUACAUCGCAAGCGUCUCCAGCACCAUCACAUACAUCCUCCUCCACUUCCUCCUCCGUUCAACUUCGGGAGAACGUUGCACGCCAUGGUGUAUCUCUCAAAGAAACCAUGUCACUUCGAGACGUCGGUCCACUCAGUAGGGACGCUAUAAGCCUUCGAGAGACCGUAUCUCCACCGAUCACUCGUGCUCCAUCCCAACCACCAUCCUACUCACAACCACGCCCACCACCACGAAGUGUCUCUUCUGUCAACAAUCAUCACCAUUCUUUACCUAACGGAGAUCAAUUUUCAUCUCUAGAUCGAACACGAGGAUCUGUCACGCCUACUGCUCCACCACUCACUUCUUCAGCAGCCAGCUCACUAAAGGAACCAAUGAACGGAAUAUCAUUGUCGAUUCCUAACAAUCAAAUGAGCUAUAUGGAUGAUGAAGAAUGGGUUAGAUCUCCUGGUGGUGUGUCUGCGUCUACUACAAUGACCACACUCUCAUUCAGGAAGGAUCCUAUUCCAGCGCCAAGAGGACCAGUAGCGGCAGUUUAUGCGAGAGGAAAAGAUAUCCCUACAUCUGCCAGCCGGUCCGAUGUAGCAAUCUGUGAGGAAAUCGAACAUCUAAAUCGAGACCUCACCAACUACUCCAUUGGCACCAUUUGCGAUUAUCCUGAAGAUCGCCCUCUUUUAGAUUCCUUCAAUAAAUCGUGCUCAAACUCUACAAGUCAUACACCAAGCUCUCGUCUCCGCUUCAUGACAGAAGAUGAGGCUCGAAAAAUGAACGAGAAGUCGCUAAGAGAGCAUAGAAAAACUGAAGAUCUGUUGAAAGAAAAAAGGCAAAGGGAGAAAAAAGUUGAAGUUGUUUCACCUCCAGAUGAAGCUCCAAUCGAAUCCCUCUACUCUGGUCAAAAGCGACAACAGGAAGGAUGGUCAUCAGCGGCACAGGAAGCUUAUAAGCUGCUAGUCGAGUGUGGAACCAACCUGAAACAGGCUUCAGUGUCGCCUCCACCAAUGUCUCCUGCGUCAUCAAGAUUCACAACUCUGGAUCGUCCCACCUCCACCACCACCGAUCGUUCUAGUGUAUCCCCAGCACCCCCUAGACCCGUUACGCCUCCAAUGGCCGUGAGAAGCGAGACGAUAUCGAUGAGAAAGGUAUCAGAAGAGAGUAUGGAGCAAGUAACAGUGGAGGAGAACUCGCCGAAGCGAGUGCAUAUUAUUGAAACCAAGUUGAUAGAUGGACCAGCGAGAGGGAUGAGUCCUAUCCAGGAUCGGCACGUUCCCGCCUUCACCACCCCAAUGUCAAAUACCUUCCGAAAACCACCAGCGCCCGCUCCAAACGGAACAAACUCAUCCUCAGAUCAAAAACCACCGCCUUGCAGGCCGCCCAAAAAGUUUCCGUUAGUUAUUGACGAACGGAACUUGGCAUACGAUAAUUUGAAUGGGUUCGGAGCUGGAGCCCGUGUUGCGCCCCCUGUUCCUCCAAAACCAAAAGUCAGAACAAUUUUCAGCUUCGCCGAUGACUCGAAAAAAGAG